AUGAAAAUUUUGGAUGUAAUAGUUUUUUUAAAUAUUUUCUUUAUUUAUUUUUCAAAUAGUUAUCAUUUAGUUAUUGAUUUAAAUUUAAAAAAAAACUCAAAUAAUUCGUUAUGUGGUGAUUUUGAUUUUUUAUUAAAAAAAGAAAUAAACCCUCCAUGUAAUAGUUUUUAUGAUAUUGGGGAAAGAGCAAGAAACCUUGAAAUAUCAUAUGAAAAAGAGUAUACAUCAACUUUAUUUAUAUGGAUUAUAAAUAGAUAUAAUUUAUCGGAAAUAGUGGUUGAAAAUAAUGAUGAAAGUAAAAUAGGUAUUAUAAAUAACUAUUGUAAAGUUUAUUUUCAAGUAAUAGAUACAGAAUACACUGUAAUGGAAAAUACUAAAGUAGUAUUUAAACCAGCUGUUGAUAAUAUUAAUUUCAUGGUAACAAAUGAAACCAUAGGUUAUUAUAAAUGUAAUGAAAUAUUCAUAAAAAUGGACAACUUUGUGUUAGAAAAUUGGCAUUCAAGUUUUAUUAAUACAGUUUACCAAGAGUUUAAUAGUGGAUUUAUAAGAAACUUAAUAUUUGAAAAAGGUUUCUUUUUAAAUUCAGUAUUAUACAGCAACUCAUGGCUGAAGGACAUUCCAUUAGCAAGAAAAUUUAUUGAAUUUGAUGAAUGUAUCUUUACUGGCUACACUGAUACGAUAUUAUUUGUUUAUAUUAUAAAUAUAAAAAUAAACAAUUGUUUAUUUUUAAAUUCAAACACACAAAAUUUUUUUAUAAUUUAUGACAACUCAAAACUUAUUCUUAAUAAUAGUACUUUCAAUAAUAACACAUUUAUUCAAAUUGCAGAGUUUAGAAAUAACAAUGCCGAGGUAAUAUUUAACAACACUAUAAUUAGUAAUAAUAGCUUUCAAUUUAUCAUAGAUAUUUUUUUAAGUAAUAUGUUUUCAACAUUUAACAACUUACAUGUAAAAAUUUUAAAUACAAGAGUAUCAAAUAAUAUUAUAAAUGAUAAAUUUCAUCCAUUGGGACCAGUUAAUUUUAAAGAAAACAAUGCAAUUAUAUAUUUAAACUGCUAUCGAUUAGGUGAUGAUUUGAAAUACAUUAAUUUUGAAGACGACAAUACAAGUAUUGUAAUUUCAAAUUCUAUUUUUUCAUAUAAUUUUCCAGAAAAAAAUCAUAUCACAGGUUUAUUAUACACAGACUCCAAAAUGGAAAUUAAGAUAGAUAAUUCAUAUAUUGGAAGUGAAUUUUCAAAUGGUCUAAUAUCUCCUAAUGCAAAAAAAGUUAUAAUUAAAAACUCUCAAAUAUAUUCAAAAAACCCUAUUAUAGGUUCCAAUAUUAAUGUUUAUUUAAAGAAUAGCUCAAUUGAAAAUUUAAAGGGUAAUGGGGAUUUUAUAUUUAAUAAAACAAAACCUGUUUCUAGUAUAGUCGAAGAGGAUGACGGUAUAAAAAGCUUUAGAAAAAAUGAAGAAAGAAAAAAAAUAAUAAUUAUACCUUUGGUUUUGUUUUUUUCAAUACUUUUAAUAUCCUUUAUUACAGUUUAUUUAAUAUAUCGUAAAAAAGAGGCAGAUAAAAGAAAAACUAAAAAUGAAAAUCGAACUCUAUCACCUGAUGAUGAGGCAACUGGUGAAAGUUAA